AUGGAAUACUCGGAGGAGCAACUGAACUACUUCAGACUCUGCUACAUAGCAUUUGAUUUGGUUCCAGUGGGACUGCGGCACAUUUUCAAAAACGAGUGGGAUUUCCUUUAUAAAGGAACGUUAAUUGGAGAAUGGGAAGACACUGCACAAAAUGGUCAUGAUUUCUCCAAAAAGGAAUCUAAAGCAAGUCACAAGAAAAACUCUCGGUGUCUAGCAACAAUACAAAACGGUAACACGACUGAGUGGGACUGUACCUGUUUGUUUUUUGCCAUCCUGUACUCAGACAGCAUUGGUAAAACCUUAAGCCCAGCUGUCCGUAAAGAAGUCGAUGAUAUUCGUCAGGUGCGAAACGAGAUCGCUCAUAUCACCGAGGCUAAGUUGACAGAUGCCGACUUUCAAACCUCUGUAAAUAGAGUGUUGAACGCUUUUACAUCCCUUGGUCUUGCUGUAAGUGAGAUUCAAGAAAUAAAGAACCAGACGACCUUUCCGACGAAGGAAGUGGAAAAAAUUAGGAAGCAAGUUGGUGAUCUCCAAGACGAGUUAGAUCAGACAAAAAGCACUCUUCAAAGUACACAAGCUGCUAUGGUUUCUACAAAAGAAGAAAACAAAUGUCUCACACAGGAAAUAAGUGCGAAACUUCAACCAUUUUGCAUUCUCGUAUCGUGCCCACCACACGAUAUCAUUAGCCGCUCGCAUGACAUUGAAAGAAUCACUAACAAAAUGGAGGAACUUAACAAGUGCUCUAGCGGAGCAGUCAGUACAGUGUACUUGUCAGGAAAUCCAGGAUGUGGCAAGAGUCAACUUGCCCGAGAAAUUGGGCAACAGUUCUUUUCUAAACAAACCGAUGAUGUUAUCUUUACUGCGACACUGAACACAGAAAGCAUUGAGGCACUUGUUGACUCUUAUCUCACCCUUGGAAGACACCUAAGGAUAACAGAAUACUCGUUAAACGGCUUAGAAUCUUUAAAAGAAGAGAAACCUAUUGAAGCAAUUAAACAGGUCCAUCGCUUGAUUUUGCCACAGACCAGAAAGUUUACCAACUGGUUGAUAAUAGCAGACAAUGUUAUUGACUUACCCUUAGUCCGCGACUUACUUCUCCAAACUGGCAGUAAAGAAUGGGGCCAUGGGCAAGUGCUGAUUACCACUCAAGAUAGUGGUACAAUUCCUCAAAACGCUCCUCACACGUAUCAUGAAUCGUUAAGCAAAGGAAUGAGGCGGGACGAGGCGGUGGAAUUGCUAGAAACAGUAUCGCAAAUUUCAGCGCGAGUACAAACAGAAAAUGUCGCUGAACUUCUCGAUUUUCAGCCACUGGCCUUAGCUGCUGCUGCUUAUUACGUGCAAACUGUUGUGACUAGUGGGUCUUCAAAUUAUAAUUGGAAAGCAUACCUUCAAGACAUAUCAACGUACAGCCAGCGAAAAGAGACCGAAACUGUCCUUGCUAAUGAGAGUUCAGCGUACGCUAAAACAACAAUGGCCGCGGUAGAAAUGGCUAUCCAAAGAGCUGUUGAAAUAGACGAGGUCCUUCGUCAUACAUUCUCUUUUCUUUCGCUCUGCGCUAACGACGACCUGCCGCUCAAAACUGUUUUAAAGUUCGUCAAAGCCCGAGUAGAAGACCAACUAGAGGUUUUAAUGAAAGCAAAGAUUGUUAGGUCCUCUUUAAGUCUUGUUCAUUCCGAAGAAGGGAGUGAAGAAACCUAUUUACGUUUACAUAAAGUGGUGCAUGAAGCUUUGAAACGAGGCGAGAUAGCUAACCUGAAACCAUGUGAGAGUGACCGCACCAUGGCAGAAGCGUUGAAGAUUUUCAAAUCCCAACUGGAAGAAAAUAGACAGAAUUAUGCGUUUUCUAAAAAAUUAAGGCCCCACUGUGAAUCUCUACUUAAGCAGAUGACGUCAGACUUUACUUCGGAUCACAACACUUUUUUAGAAAGGUUUACGCCCUUCGUAGAUUUAGAUACAGUUAUUGAUUGGCUACAUACUCUCGCCUGGGUCUGUCAAAAAAGCUCCUAUUUCUUCUUUGCGAAAAAUGUGGUCAACUUAGCAUACGAUCUACUGGGGAACUUAGACGAAACUUCAACCGGUGCUUUAUCCCGUAAAGGGGGGAUUUUGAAUGUAAGAGGCCAAGUGUACAACCGCCUGGGACAAUACAAUCAAGCCAAAGAACUUCACGAAAAAGCACUGAUCAUUCACAAAAGGGUUUUUGGUGAAAAUCAUGGCGAGGUGGCAUCAAGUUAUAAAAACUUGGCAUCAGUGUACUACAGCCUGGGAGAAUACAAUCAAGCUAAAGAACUUCACGAAAAAGCACUGAGUAUUUACAAAGAGAUUCCUGGUGAAGAUCAAGCCAAUGUAGGAGAGAGUUAUAACAACUUGGCAUUAGUGUACAACCGCCUGGGAGAAUACAAUCAAGCCAAAGAACUUCACGAAAAAGCACUGAUGAUUCUCAAAAGAGUUUUUGGUGAAAAUCAUGUCAAAGUAGCAUCAAGUUAUAACACCUUAGCAUCAUUGUACAACCGCCUGGGAGAAUACAAUCAAGCCAAAGAUCUCCACGAAAAAGCACUGAUGAUUCGCAAAAAGAUUUUCGGUGAAGAUCAUGCCAAUGUAGCAUCAAGUUAUAACAACUUGGCAUUAGUGUACUACCGCCUGGGAGAAUUCAAUCAAGCCAAAGAACUUCACAAAAGAGCACCGAUGAUUCGAAAAAAGAUUUUUGGUGAAGAUCAUGCCGAAGUAGCAGCGAGUUAUAACAACUUGGCAUUAGUGUACAACCGUCAGGGAGAAUACAAUCAAGCCAAAGAACUUCACGAAAAAGCACUGAUGAUUCGCAAAAGGAUAUUAGGUGAAAAUCAUGGCGAUGUAGCAUCAAGUUACAAAAACUUGGCAUCACUGUACUACAACCUGGCAGAAUACAAUCUAGCCAAACAUUUUCACGAAAAAGCACUGACAAUUCAGAAAAAGAUUUUUGGUGAAGAUCAUGCCAAUGUAGGAGAGAGUUAUAACAACUUGGCAUUAGUGUACAACCGCCUGGGAGAAUACAAACAAGCCAAACAACUUCACGAAAAAGGACUAAUGAUUCGCAAAAAGGUUUUUGGUGAAGAUCAUGUCGAUGUAGCAACGAGUUAUGGCAACUUGGCAUUAGUGUACCAUGACUUGGGAGAAUACAAUCAAGCCAAAGAACUUCAGGAAAAAGCACUGACGAUUCGCAAAAAGAUUUUUGGUGAAGACCAUGCUAAUGUAGCAUCAAAUUAUGACAAACUGGCAUCAGUGUACUACCGCCUGGGAGAAUACAAUCAAGCUAAAGAACUUCACGAAAAAGCACUGACGAUUCGCAAAAAGAUUUUUGGUGAAGAUCAUGCCGAUCUAGCAUCAAGUUAUAACAACUUGGCAUUAGUGUACUAUAGCCUGGGAGAAUACAUUCAAGCCAAAGAACUUCACGAAAAAGCUGUGACGAUUCGCAAAAAGAUUUUUGGUGAAGGUCAUGCCGAUGUAGCAACGAGUUUUAGCAACUUGGCAUUAGUGUACAACCGCCUGGGAGAAUACAAUCAAGCCGAAGAUCUUAACGAAAAAGCACUGACGAUUCGAAAAAAGAUUUUUGGUGAAGAUCAUGCCGAUGUAGCAUCAAGUUAUAACAACUUGGCAGUAGUGUACUACAGCCUGGGAGAAUACAAUCAAGCCCAGGAACUUCACGAAAAAGCUCUAACGAUUCGCAAAAAGAUUUUCGGUGAAGAUCAUGCCGAUGUAGCAACGAGUUAUAGCAACUUGGCAUUAGUGUACAACCGCCAGGGAGAAUACAAUCAAGCCAAGCAUCUCCACGAAAGAGCAGUGAUGACAUGCAAAAGGAUUUUUGGUGAAGAUCAUGCUGAUUUAGCAUCAAGUUAUAACAACUUGGCAGAAGUGUACUACAGCCUGGGAGAAUACAGUCAAGCCAAAGAACUUCACGAAAAAGCUCUGGCGAUUCGCAAAAAGAUUUUUGGUGAAGAUCAUGCCGAUCUAGCAUCAAGUUAUAACAAUUUGGCAUCAGUGUACAACCGCCUGGGAGAAUACAAUCAAGCUAAAGAGCUUCACGAGAAAGCACUGACGAUUCGCAAAAAGAUUUUUGGUGAAGGUCAUGCCGAUCUAGCUUCAAGUUAUAACAACUUGGCAUUAGUGUACUAUGGCCUGGGAGAAUACAAUCAAGCCAAAGAACUUCACGAAAAUGCACUGACGAUUCGCAAAAAGAUUUUUGGUGAAGAUCAUGCCGAUGUAGCAUUAAGUUAUAACACCUUGGCAUUAGUGUACAACCGCCUGGGAGAAUACAAUGAGGCCAAAUAUCUUCACGAAAAAGCACUGAUGAUUCGCAAAAAGAUUUUUGGUGAAGAUCAUGCCGAUGUAGCAUCAAGUUAUAACAACUUGGCAUCAGUGUACUUCAGCCUGGGAGAAUGCAAUCAAGCCAAAGAACUUCACGAAAAAGCACUGACGAUUCACAAAAAGAUUUUUGGUGAAGAUCAUGCCAAUGUAGGAGAGAGUUAUAGGAUUGUCGGUGAAGAUCAUGCCGAUCUAGCAUAAAGUUAUAACAACUUGGCAUAAGUGUACUAUAGCCUGGGAGAAUACAAUCAAACCAAAGAACUUCACAAAAAAGCACUGACGAUUGGUAAAGGAUUUUUGAUGAAGAUCAUGCCGAUGCGGCAACGAGUUAUAGCAACUUGGCAUUAG